AUGGGUGCGGCAACCGAGUUCUACAGAUCCCAGAUUGGCGGCACUUCGGUCAUCAACUACAGUUACACAGACUUCCCCGUCACCCUCUUGUUCAAGGACGUGUACUACUUCUUCGUCUACAUCUGGGCUCUGCCAUGGAUCGUGCUACCCCUCGGACCUUGCGGAUCCGGUGAGCUUGACGAGUUGUAUCCGAGCUGGAACAACAUGUUGUGCGUGUCUGUCCAUGCCAUCCUGGGGAUACUGCAACUGGUCUUUGUCUUUGUUCUUCCCGUGGCUCUUGUUCUCCCUCUGUGGCUGAGUGCAGUCGCAGUUUCUGCUUUCUUGACACUGAACUGGGCCUUGUGCAAGCUUCUCAACAGCAAACAGGUCACCUUCCAGUCGGAUGAGAAAUAUGCCAAGCCGCGGCCUGGGCAUGCGCACGAGCAAUGGGUGUUUCUCAACGGUGUCGCAGUUGGCGAACACUGGAUGAAGAGCAACCUUAACCGGCUGGCGUUGACCUUUGGUCGUCCAGUGCUCGGCAUCCACAACCCAACUUCGGGAAUCAUCUUCGACGUGGUCGAGUGCUUGGUUCAACGCAACCUUACUUAUGCCACCAAGAAUGUGCGAGUCUCGUACAGGAUCCUCCGAGACAUACUCUACGACCCCAGCAAAUCCAAAGUCAUCCUCAUUCUCCAUUCCCAAGGGGGGAUCGAAGGGGGCCUCGUGCUCGACUGGCUGCUGCAAGAGACGCCUCAGGACCUCUUGUCAAAGCUGGAAGUCUACACCUUUGGGAACGCCGCGAAUCAUUUCAACAACCCCCAUCGCCACGUCGCCUCCCAAGACUUGACCGACUCCAACCCCCUGGCCGCUUUGACAACAUGCUUCUCCGAGACGAGCUUCUCGUCCUCUGCGGACUGUCCGGCGGAAGGGACAAGACGAGCGGUUGCAGGCAAACACGCGCAUGAGACGCUUGGGCCGGGGGCAUCACGGACCGCUUUGGCAGCCAAGGACAGGGCGAUUGGCCACAUUGAGCACUACGCCCACUCGACCGACUUCGUGGCUCUGUGGGGUGUCUUGCACUUUGCAACGAACCGGAUGGGCUCCCGCCAGCUGCCGCGGUUUCUGGGAAGACUGUUUAGCCGGGCGACUGGCGCCGGCGGGCAUCAGCUCAACCAGCACUACCUGGACGGCAUGUUUCCCCUCAAGCGGGACGCAAAAACGGGCGAGCUUGUCGGCGCCGACGAAGACAACAACGCGUUCAUGGAGGAAGUCAUCAAGUUCGGCAAGGAAGGCGACAGCAUGGCCAAGACCCGCGAAGCUUUUGAUAUAUCGUACCUGGGAACGGACGGGUUUGGGAGCGGAGACGUGUCUACUCCGGUGGAGGUUCACGGAGUGGCGGGAAGGAGGCGAAUCGAGGCCGGGGUCAAGGUCAAGGAACUCAGCAGACUCUGGAGCUACAGGAACGGGCGGUCGCCGGGGGAGAUGCCUCCUCUGCUUGUUUCUGAAGACGGCCUCGUGCGAAAUGCCACUUGGUAG